CAAUGCCGUCUUUAUAUAAUCUAUGAACAAAACUGAACUGUACUUUAGUGAUAGUUUUAUAAACAUUUUUCACGCGCGCGAGUAUAGUUAUAAAUUAUUAAAUUAUAUUUAUAUUGUAUUUAUGAAAGAAUUCUUAAGAGUUAUUGAAAAUAGAAUCGAUACUACACGACGUGAAAGGUUGUUCAAGCCAAAUAUAAAUAUGGCAUUAAUUAGAAGAGCAACUCAUGCUGGUAGUUGGUACUCAGAUUCUGGUUCAGAAUUGAAUAAGCAACUAGAAGGUUGGCUGGGUGCAGCAGACCUAUCUCAUGGACCUGCUAGGGCAAUCAUUGCCCCACAUGCAGGUUAUAGCUAUUGCGGAGGAUGUGCUGGUUUUGCAUAUCGUCAAAUUAGUCCUGUAGUUGUCCGCAAGAUAUUUAUUCUAGGCCCUUCUCAUUAUGUGAGAUUGCCAGGAUGUGCCCUGUCUACUGCUUCCAUGUAUCGAACACCGUUAUAUGAUUUACAUAUUGAUCAACAAGUGCGGAGAGAACUUGAAGAGACAGGACAUUUCGAAUGGAUGGAUUUGAACACAGAUGAAGAGGAACACAGUAUCGAAAUGCAAUUACCAUUUUUAGCUAAAGUUAUGGAAGAAUUUAAAGAUUCAUUUACUAUAAUCCCCAUUUUAGUGGGAUCUUUACCACCAGAAAGAGAAGCUCUUUAUGGAAGAUUAUUAGCACCUUAUUUAGCUGAUCCUCAAGCAUUGUUCGUUAUUUCCUCAGACUUUUGUCAUUGGGGACAAAGAUUUCGAUAUACAUACUAUGAUAGAUCAUGUGGUCCGAUUCAUAGAUCUAUCCAAAAUCUUGAUAAGAUGGGCAUGGAUAUAAUAGAAACAUUGAACCCUACAGUGUUUACCGAUUAUCUUAAAAAAUAUGGCAAUACUAUAUGCGGUCGUCAUCCAAUUGGUGUUUUGCUACAGGCAAUACACAGUUUAAGAGGAAAUACUAAUGGUCAAAAAAUGAAUUUAAAAUUUUUGAAAUAUGCUCAAAGUAGUCAAUGCAAUAACAUGAAUGAUAGCUCAGUUAGUUAUGCAAGUGCUUCCUUAGUUCUUGAGUGAUGUUGUAGAUUAUUCUUUUAUGAUCAAUAACAUCUGAGAGUAAAGACAUUUGAUGAAUGUGGUAACUAAAUUUAAUAAUGCUAUCAGUCAUAAUGUAAAAGGUCCGACUAUAUGAACCAUAAGAUAAGAUACUACUAAAAAAAAAAAAACAGAAAAAAAAACAGAAAAAAAAUAAAAGAAAAGGGAAAAAAAGAAACAAAAAAAAGUUACUAUGGCUGAUACUAAUAAUCACAAAUAUGAAAGAGUUACCCUGUGUGCAAAAGAAAAUAUUUGAUUGUUACAACGCAAAUGAAUGUAUACUACUAACAAUGUCAAAAUGUUUUUUGUAUAAGUGCAUUUUCUUUUAAUACUUACAAAUCGUAUUCAGUACUUCCAUAAUUAUUGCAAUAAAGGAAGGAGCUUAAGUAUUUCUUUGCUUUGGUUGGAAAUACAGCCAUGUGUAGUUAAUUAUAUAAUUAUAUAUAAUACAUAAUUUAUAUAUGUAUAUAUACAUGGAGAGUAAGUAUAACUACUGACAAUGAAGAGAGAACAAAAAAUCUUUCACUUCAUGCCUUCAAUAUUUAACUAUUUCAAACCAGAUGUCCAAAUAUUAUAUACGGGUAAAAUAUUUUUUUAGUGUGCUUCUAUAAAAAUAACUAGAAAAUAUCUUU